AUGCCCUCAACACAGGCGAAAGCGCAGACGGACCUGAACAUGGAUCUCGAGCCUGAAGAAGCAAUCCAUAACAACCCGGUAUCCCACAUUUGCAUGACAAGUGGGGCACAGGCGUCGUCAACGAAACAGCUUUCGGAUCUCAACGUCACUAAUUUGCUGGCCAGUAUCGUCCACCAAGCCGACAAACACGGCAAACAGCAACCUCUGGAGACGGAAGAACACCAGGGAUCUACAACGCGUGGAGCCCAAGGAAGUUUCUGCUCUUUGUUUGCAAACAUUUUCUUGGCAGUUGGAAUCAUUGAGCAGCAGCAGCAUACGUUGACCAAACAACCACACGGCCGUUUGUCACUGACAAAAUCAAAAGCAGCUUCAAAAAGGACCAGUAAACUUCACAAGAACGUCCUUCCUCCUUCCUCUCCUAAUGACGCCGACAAGAAAUGUUUAGUGCUCGACCUUGACGAAACGCUCGUCCAUUCAUCGUAUAGGCCGACUGCUAACCCAUACCUUGUUAUUCCUAUUGACAUCGACGGCACCAUCCACCAAGUGUAUGUGUGCAAGCGACCGGGGGCUGAAGAAUUUCUAAUCGAAAUGGCAAAGUAUUAUGAGAUUGUAGUAUACACAGCUAGUCUCAGCAAGUAUGCGGACCCUCUACUGGACAAGCUUGACCCGGAAGGCGUUAUCCGCUACCGUCUCUACCGUGAGCAUUGCGUGCAGUAUGAAAAAAGCUAUGUGAAGGAUCUGUCUUUGUUGGACCGUGAUGUCUCGCAGACGAUCAUCAUUGACAAUGCGCCAAUGUCCUACAUUUUUCAUCCUCGAAAUGCCAUUGGAUGCUCCAGUUUUAUCGAUGACCCGAGCGAUUGUGAAUUGGAAUCUAUUUCACGGUUUCUUAUUAAUUUUCAUGAUGUUGAGGAUGUGCGCGACUACUUGCACAUUUGGGACGCCCACUAUUAA